AUGGUUGUAGAAAAGCUUCAUAACCCUAGCGGAGGGGCAGCGGCGGCGGCGGCGGCGCAGCCGCCUUUCCCCGCGAAGAAGGGGCCGCAUUUCCGCGGCGUCAGGAAGCGGCCCUGGGGCAGGUACGCGGCGGAGAUACGCGAUCCGUGGAAGAAGACCAGGAAGUGGCUCGGCACUUUCGACACGGCGGAGGAGGCGGCGCUGGCCUACGACGAGGCGGCGAUGAGUCUCCGCGGCGCCAGAGCGAAGACGAAUUUCACGUACGGCGGCGGCGGCGGCGUUUCGGCGGCCGCGCCGCCGAUGAGCGUGAACCUCGGCUAUUGGCGGACGCCGGAGUUCUCCCGUCCUAUCGCCGAGCCCAAGGAGUCGGCGUCGCCGACGCCGUCGCCGUCGGAGUACAAAGGGUAUAAGAUGGAAGAAGUAGGGGCGGUGGUGAUGAGUGAGCAGGGGAAGCAGAUUAGGAGUGAGAAGAAUCGGCCGUUUCUAUUCGAUCUGAAUCUUCCGGCGCCUCUGUUUUGAUCGCCGGCGGCGGCGGCGACGGCGGGAGGUGAAAAUUAAUUAAAUUGGAGUAGUAAAAAGGAAUAUUGACCGGGUCUUUUUUUUUUUUUUUUUUUUUUUGUUUUUUUUAAAUUUUUGUCUUGUAUCAAUGUAUUUUGCUGCUGCAUUUACUGUUUAUGUACAGACGAUGAUUACGAACAUUUGACAAAACUUUUUGGACGACUUACUUA